AUGGCGUCACACAUUGUUGGAUAUCCUCGUAUGGGCCCCAAGAGAGAGCUCAAAUUCGCUCUGGAGUCCUUCUGGGAUGGAAAGAGCAGUGCCGAGGAUUUGGAAAAAGUGGCUGCUGACCUUAGGGCAUCAAUCUGGAAGCAGAUGUCUGAAGCUGGGAUCAAAUACAUCCCGAGCAACACGUUUUCAUACUAUGAUCAGGUGCUCGACACAACUGCCAUGCUUGGUGCUGUACCGCCAAGAUACAACUGGCCUGGUAAUGAGAUUGGUUUCUCCACUUAUUUCUCUAUGGCAAGAGGAAAUGCCUCUGUUCCUGCUAUGGAGAUGACCAAGUGGUUCGACACCAACUACCACUUCAUUGUCCCUGAGUUGGGCCCUGAUGUCAAGUUUUCUUAUGCUUCACACAAGGCAGUUAAUGAAUACAAUGAGGCUAAAGCGCUCGGUAUUGAUACUGUUCCAGUUCUUAUUGGCCCUGUCACAUACUUGUUGCUCUCUAAACCUGCCAAGGGUGUCGAGAAGACUUUCUCUCUUCUUUCACUUCUUGACAAAAUUCUCCCUAUCUAUAAGGAAGUUAUUGCUGAGCUGAAGGCUGCAGGUGCUUCAUGGAUCCAAUUUGAUGAGCCCACACUUGUUUUGGACCUUGAAUCGCACAAGUUGGAGGCAUUCACCAAGGCCUAUGCUGAGCUCGAAUCAUCAUUGUCUGGCCUUAAUGUUUUGAUCGAAACUUAUUUUGCCGAUGUGCCCGCGGCUGCAUACAAAACCCUUACCUCAUUGAGUGCAGUUUCUGGUUUCGGAUUUGAUUUGGUUCGUGGGACUCAGACACUUGAUCUGAUCAAGGGUGGAUUCCCUUCCGGAAAGUACCUCUUUGCUGGAGUUGUUGAUGGGAGAAACAUCUGGGCCAACGACCUUGCUGCAUCUCUUGCCACUCUGCAGUCUCUUGAGGGCAUUGUCGGAAAAGACAAGCUUGUUGUCUCGACCUCCAGCUCACUUCUCCACACGGCUGUCGAUCUUGUUAAUGAGACUAAGUUGGAUCAAGAAAUCAAGUCAUGGCUUGCAUUCGCCGCGCAAAAGGUUGUCGAAGUGAAUGCUCUGGCGAAGGCACUUGCUGGCCAGAAAGAUGAGGCCUUCUUUUCUGCAAAUGCUGCUGCUCAAGCUUCCAGAAAAUCAUCUCCCAGGGUGACUAAUGAAGCUGUCCAGAAGGCUGCUGCUGCGUUAAAGGGUUCUGAUCACCGCCGUGCAACAAAUGUAAGUGCCAGACUCGAUGCUCAACAGAAGAAACUAAAUCUUCCGAUCCUCCCCACCACAACUAUUGGUUCCUUCCCUCAGACCAUCGAGCUCAGGAGAGUUCGUCGUGAGUAUAAGGCCAAGAAGAUCUCUGAGGAGGAUUACAUCAAGGCUAUUAAGGAGGAGAUCAACAAGGUUGUCAAGCUUCAGGAAGAGCUCGAUAUCGAUGUUCUUGUUCAUGGAGAGCCAGAGAGAAACGAUAUGGUUGAGUACUUUGGUGAGCAAUUGUCCGGCUUUGCCUUCACAGCCAAUGGGUGGGUCCAAUCCUAUGGAUCUCGCUGUGUAAAGCCGCCAAUCAUCUAUGGUGAUGUGAGCCGCCCGAAACCUAUGACUGUUUUCUGGUCAACUGCUGCCCAGAGCAUGACCAAGCGCCCGAUGAAAGGAAUGCUUACGGGUCCCGUCACCAUUCUUAACUGGUCUUUCGUCAGAAAUGAUCAACCUAGGUUCGAGACGUGCUACCAGAUUGCUUUGGCCAUCAAGGACGAGGUUGAGGAUCUAGAGAAGGCUGGAAUAACCGUCAUCCAAAUUGACGAGGCUGCAUUGAGAGAAGGCUUACCUCUGAGGAAAUCUGAGCAUGCUUUCUACUUGGAUUGGGCCGUGCACUCUUUCAGAAUCACAAAUGUCGGGGUUGAGGACACCACUCAGAUCCACACGCACAUGUGCUACUCCAACUUCAACGACAUCAUCCAUUCCAUCAUCGACAUGGAUGCUGAUGUCAUCACCAUCGAGAACUCUCGUUCAGACGAGAAGCUGCUUUCAGUGUUCCGUGAGGGAAUCAAGUACGGUGCUGGAAUUGGGCCUGGAGUGUACGAUAUCCACUCCCCGAGAAUCCCGUCUACCGAAGAAAUUGCUGACAGGAUUAACAAAAUGCUUGCUGUCCUAGAAACCAACAUCUUGUGGGUGAACCCAGAUUGUGGUCUGAAGACCCGUAAGUACACGGAGGUUAAGCCCGCCCUCGAGAACAUGGUCUCGGCUGCUAAGCUCCUCAGGACCCAGCUUGCCAGUGCUAAAUGA